AUGGUUCAACUCAUAUCAUCACCAGUGUCUUCCCAACAAGAUCCAGUCAAAGAUGCGGUCGGGCAGACACCCACAUCGAUAUCGAUAGAGCUAGAGAAGCAGCAGCAGCAGCAGCAGCAGCAGCAACAACAACAACACCAACAACAGCCACCGAAAAUGAUGUCACGCGAAGAGCAUGCUCAGCGUAUGCGCGAGCUUAACCGCAAGCGCGGCCUGACAAAGGGUCCUCCCCGUCGCGGCUGGUCCAUGACGGAGUACCAGGGACCUACCACUCCCGUACAGAACAACAGCGGCAGCGGCAGCGGCAGCGGCAGCGGCAGCGGCAGUAGCGGCACCACCACCACCACCACCACCAUGGCUACGACCACGACAGCAGGCCAACGAGACCGGCAACAUGACCAAUUGACGCAGCAGCUCCCCCGUCGUCGACCAAAGGCCCCCCCGCCACGCAGGUCGUACUCGGUGACGGACCACGAGCCCGCCCCACCCAACCAGCCCCGCCCAUCGGCGCGGCUCACCAUCCUCGACCUCCCCGCCGAGCUCCACUACACCUUCCUCGACUACCUCGACCCCAUCGACGCCGUGUGCUUCGGCCUCGCCCACCCCUCCCUGUACGCCAUACACAGGCGCAAAUACCCCGGCGCCAUCUCCCUCGCCAGCCGGUACUCCGGUCCGAACGACAUGGAGUGGGCCUGGAGGGGCGCCGGUCCCUUGAUCCGCACUUCCUCUUCCUCCUCCCACACUCCUACUCCCACCAUGCCCUCUCUCAACCGCACCCUCAAGAAGUCGAGCACGGCGCCUUCCUCCGCCUCGGCGUCAUCCACGAGCAUCGCCUCCAUGGCCUCAAACACCACCUCCUCCGCCGCGACAACCGCUUCCUCCACCGCCUCCUCUCCCGGGAAACCUGCCGCUGCCACCGCCGCUGCCAUUGCUCCCCUUCUCACCACCGCUUCUUCCUCCUCCUCCUCCUCUUCUUCCUCUUCUUCUCCUGCUGCUGCUUCUGCUGCCGUGCACGCUGCGCAAGCCACGCAAGCCGUGCAAGCCACGCAAGCCACGCACCUCGCCCGCAUGCGCGUCCAAGGCCAGGUGUACUGUCGCAAGUGUGGCGUCUGCCGCUGCGAACUCCACCGUCACCUAAAGGAGUGGUUUCCCGGCCGGGAGUACUGUGAGAUCAAGGAGGUGUACGGUGCACCUGCCCCUCCCGACGCGAAGCCCUAUUGCUACAUGAGCUCUCCUAAGAAUCCGACUCGAUGUGGGAGGCAUGGGGGGAGGAAGGUGAAUACUAGUGGCGGUGUUUCCAAGUAG